GAACAUAGGCCCGCUGCGGCUGCGGGGGAUCUGAGGUGCGGAGUGAGGGGCGGUGACGUCACUUCCGGUGGGCGGGAUAUCAGAGGGUGAGAGCGGCCCCGGUGGACGGAAAUGACCUAGAGGCCUUACGAAUACAUUGUGCGCAUUCUUUCUCCACAACGCCAUCCAGAGCAAACUCAAUCUGGGAGCUGCACUUGUUUCCGCUGUUACCAACUACCUCAACGUACCCAGAGGAGGAGGAAGAAGAGGAGGGGAGGGAAGCUUUCCCAGUAGCAAAUCUGUGAUUUCACACUAUCGAGAAUAUAGUAUUAGAAGCACUUAAACUCGGAGCAGACUGGAUCUGCCGGACUGUAGCAUUUACACAUCUGUUAUUACGGCAUUUAUAUUUUUUCCCUUUUUUUUUUUUCUCUCUCAUUGAGAGGCUGUUGAUUGCUUGAAACACACUGUUGACCAGUGUUUAUGGUGGUUCAUUUUUUUUUUGUUUUGAUUGCAACUUUUUUUUUUUUGGUACUUUGUGCUUUUUUCUUUGCAUUUAAAGGAUUAUACUUUUUUUCACGCCCUCCCUGGAUGUCUAUAUAGGAAUUUGCAGCAGUGGGAUUCCUGACCGGUGACGAGAAGCAAAAAAAAGAAAAAGGGAGCAGUUUUAGGACAAAGGGACACGCACAGUUUUUUUUUCGGAGACUUCAGCUGGUUUGGAAAAUAAAAGUUGUGAGCCGCAGCUGGGCUGCAUGGAGUCCUAAAAUUCUCCCAAGUCAGCAUAAUUGCUGCCUUCCUCUGCUCAUACAGAUUACCCACGCUUGCCUUUUGGAGAUGCCUUUUCCGAAACCUAUGUGUGCAGCCCUCCUGUACUAUCUGACCUAGCCCGUCGUUUAAAAAAAACAAGAGAAGAAAAAAAGAAAAAAGAGAAAGGCUGAUUCUGGAGGACGCCUGCCUAGGUUUGGGACGCCUUUGGCUGCUAGGUCACCUAUGUAUUGCUGUAGCGCACAAGAAAGUAAGAUGGACUACAAGAGGCGAUUCUUGCUUGGCGGGUCCAAGCAGAAGGUGCAGCAACACCAGCAGUACCAAAUGCCCGAGCUCAGCCGGACUCUGAGCGCACCCCUGGCCUCAACCACCCCUUUAGUGUCCUCAGCUAACGCGGGCAGCUGCCCCCACCCUGGUGCCCACACUACCCCCAUCGCGGACAUCCAGCAGGGUAUCUCAAAGUAUUUGGACGCGCUCAACGUCUUCUGCCGCGCCAGCACUUUCCUCACCGACCUUUUCAGCAGUGUUUUCCAUAACUCGCACUACUCGAAGGCAGCUAUGCAACUCAAAGACGUGCAGGAACAUGUCAUGGAGGCUGCAAGUCGACUUACUGCAGCAAUAAAACCAGAGAUCGCAAAAAUGCUAAUGGAGCUGAGUGCUGGCGCCGCCAACUUUAAAGAUCAGAAUGAAUUCAGUCUGCAGGACAUAGAGGUGCUUGGCCGCUGUUUCUUGACUGUGAUGCAGGUUCAUUUUCAGUUCUUGUCCCAGGCCUUACAGAAGGUGCAGCCCGUGGCACAUGCGUGUUUUGCAGAAGCGAUCGCACAGGAGCGCAAGAACUCUCCCGGGUCCAGUGACAUGAGCCCCACCAGGGAGCUGGAGGACGCCGUGAGGAGUUGGAGAGGAGCUACUGAGGCCACAAGCCGCCUGCGGGAGAGAGGAUGCGAUGGCUGCCUGGCCGGAUUAGAAGUCCAGCAGCUCUUCUGUUCUCAGAGCCUGGCCAUUCCAGAGCAUCACCUCAAGGAGCUGAACAUGAAGAUUGACAGUACCUUACAGGCAUACAAAAUAGCGCUGGACAGUUUGGGUCACUGUGAAUAUGCAAUGAAGGCCGGGUUCCACCUCAGUCCCAAGGCUAUUGAGGACUGUCUGAAGGGCUGCUGUAGCGAUGCAGAGGCACAACAAGCAGGAAGGAGGCAGACUCCACCACAGCCAAUCCAGUGCGAGCUCCCGACUGUGCCAGUUCAGAUUGGCUCCCACUUCCUGAAGGGAACCUCAUUCAAUGAGUCCGCUGCUGAUAACCUGAAGCUGAAAACGCAUGCAAUGCUGCAGCUGAUAAAGGAAGCCGAUGGACAUAAUGGGAUGACUGACAGAGAUGAAACAGCGGUGACAGAAAUUCUCAAUCAAGUGUGUCCUUCCACAUGGCGGGGGGCGUGUAAAACUGCAGUGCAGUUGCUGUUCGGCCAGGCUGGUCUGGUGGUCGUUGACACAGCACAGAUUGAGAAUAAGGAAAUAUAUGCACCACAGAUCAGUCUGGAAGGGUCAAGGCUUAUUGUGCAAGUUCCAUCUACCUGGUGUCUGAAGGAGGACCCAGCGACCAUGUCUCUCUUACAGAGAAGCCUGGACCCAGAGAAGACCUUGGGACUGGUGGAUGUCCUGUACACUGCAGUCUUCGAUAUCACUCGCUGGAAGACAGGACGAGAGCAAGCUUUGCCCAUCAUCCAGAUUCAGUUACAGCGGGACACCUCCGACUUUGGAAACCAGAUCGACCUCCCACACGGGAACGGCAGCAAGUCGUCUGGGGGCCUGCAAAAGACUUUUUCUAAACUGACUUCAAGGUUCACCAAGAAAGUCUCCUGCAGUGGUUCUGGCCACAGCGGGAGCUACUCUGUCCCUCAGACCCCUUCCAAACACGUCUUAACCACUAGCAACUCUGAAGAGAAGAUGAAGUUCCCCAAUCACACGGAUUCCAAGUUACAGAGCAUGCUGACCAUCGGCAGCUUCUCCAGGUCCAUGGACACUCCCCAGUCCACCCAGAACACAAAAAGCCAGCUGGUCAACGGAUUCCUUGUGGAGCGUAGAGAGGACUUGUUCAAAGGAGAAGAGCAAAAGGACGAGAAAGGAAUGAACUUGCCCUCUGACCAGGAAAUGCAGGAUGUCAUCGAUUUCCUCUCUGGUUUUAACAUGGGCAAAUCACAGCAGACUUCUCCUGUGGUCAAGAGGAGAAACUCCACCACUGCAUCUGUUGUGCCUGAGCAAAAACAAGGAACUGUAAAACCGCCAGCACAACCAGCUAUCCACCCUCCUGUUCACCCUCCUCCUCAGCAGCAUCAGCAGCAAGCCCAACCUCAGCAGCAGCAGGGACUGCUACAACAGCCACCGCCGCAGCUGUCGCAGAAGCAACAAUUGCAGUAUUAUCCGCACUUGUUCCAAUCAAUCGGGCCGCAACAGCAGCAGCAGCAGCAACAGUCACAGCACCCGCCAGGAAAAUGGCUGAACAGCUCCAGCCAACCAUCCUCACAAGCGGUGGGGAGUGGCCUGUCUCCUAUUGGUCAAAUGAACCAAUGGAGCAGCCAGGGAGUCUCCGAUCUCAGUUCUGACUUGUACAGCAUGGGGCUGGUCAGCAGUUUCAUGGACAACAUGAUGUCUGAGAUGCUGGGCCAGAAAUCGCAAGGACCUCGAAAUAACACCUGGCCAAACCGUGACCAGAGCGAAGGGGUGUUCGGGAUAUUGGGAGAUGUGCUGCCUUUUGAUCCAGCAGUUGGCUCAGACCCGGAAUUUGCCCGCUAUGUGGCCGGGGUCAACCAAGCUAUGCAACAAAAACGGCAAUCGCAGCAUGUCCGCCGUCCGAGCACCACACGUAGCAACUGGCCCCAUCUUGAAGAUUCGCACAGAACGUGGCCCUUCCCGGAAUAUUUCCAAGAGGGCGAUGUGAUGAACAGCAACUGGACAGGUGCUCAGGCUGAUUCGGCCAGUUCAAGUGACGAGACUUCGUCUGCCAACGGAGACAGUCUAUUCUCCAUGUUCUCAGGUCCAGACCUUGUUGCUGCAGUGAAACAAAGGAGAAAACACAGCAGUGGUGAACAAGAAGCAAACACAUUACCGUCACCACCCCUCCUCUCCACAGUAGACGAUCUCAACCAGGAAAACAAAACCAAAACGUGGCCGCCUAAAGCUCCUUGGCAGCACUCCUCCCCUCUCUCUAAUACACUGCCCAACCAGAGCUCCUCUUUGUACCACAUGUCAAAUCCCGUGAGCCAAUGGAACGACACAAUGCAGAUACUCCAGUCACCCGUCUGGUCCACCGCCAACGACUGCGCGCCGCCUGCCGGCAUCUCCUCGACCUUUGCGUACGCACAGCAGCCGUCUCAGCAGACGAACAAGGGCUUUAAAUCCUUCCAGAUGAAGCACGAGCGCAGGCCCUCCUACCUGCACCAGUUCUGACUGGGGCUACCACUUGCAGGGGAUGGGGUCCAAUGUUAAACUUUUUGGGGUUUGAGUUGCAAACAGUUUUGAGGUGUUUCGGUUCUAAUCCUGUGGUGAGAAAAAAAAAGAUAGAUUUUUAACUUUUUUGACAGCAGUGACUAUUCUUAAACAUGCUUCUCCUCCAUCUUCGCCGGGUUACAUGUUACUGGAGUCUGUCUGUGCCGUAUGCGUCCGUUGUGAUAACUUUCACCACCCGCAGAGACCUCAGUCCGCUCAGUGUUUGCUAGUUGGGGGUUCUGGGCAGAGACACCCCCUGGCUCCCAUCCACCACGGUCAGCUUGUAGAUUUGUAGAUUACCCCCUGUACUCUUGGUCCUUUGUGGUUACGUUGGCCUUUGUUAGGGCAGGAAGGGAUCUCAGGAGCUAGAUAAUCAAUAUGCCUGAAAAUAACAGCUGGUGCCUAAUGUUUAAAUCUUGUUGGGUUGCCGGCGCAGUCACCAGAUUUUUGGCUCCUUUAAGUGCCUGCCGGCUUCUAGAUUAGACUAACUGGUUUCCAUAUUCCUCCUUUUAACCCCUUUCCGCUGGCCUUUUAAAGAGAACGUAACACUGGAGGUGUUUCACGGACUUCCGAUUGUGUGAUUGACUGUCACUCAUCCUACUGGCCCCCGAUCGUUGCUUUGUGACCAGGAGCUGUCAGUGACAGCAGGAUCAAAGUGCUAGGGGAGCACAAAUGAGCGUGGCCAGCACAAAACAUAUCUGUGGCAGCACAGAGUAAGGCCCAGCUCUUUGCUACCACAUCUAUGCAUACAGCCAAGGGAAGGGGGUUAAAAGGUAUCUGUGCUGAGGGGAAUACAAAGGAUGCCAUUGCUGUUUGUGCCCCGAAAAUGUUUGUUGCUGGUCUGUAAUGACCAUCCCCUUGAAGUUUAAGUCCCUUACCAGAAGCCUUUAUGCAGACCAGGAGUUUUGAUGUCACUGUGACCUCUCUGCCUCUAAGCAGCCGGAGACAGCCAAUCGUAUUAUUCCCCGCACUACUCCCAGUUCCUUGGUGUCUUUUUAUAGCAUUCAAGCAUCAUAGCAAGCAGGGAUAUAUGGGGCUCGCUGGCUACUUUUGGCUCUGCAGCUCUGGCCUGGCAGUGUUUGCCAACCUCUCAUUCCUCAAUAUUUGGAGAUUCAUUAUUAAAGGGUUCAUGUACUUUGCUGAAGAUUCCCACAGACAUGAGAUAAUCUUCCCUAGUUCAGGCAACUGUUCCCUUUGUUUAUAGCGUCCAUUGGGUUUCUAUGAACAAGCACUCGGACAAAAGCUCUGGGAUCUUUCUGAUCUCUGGGGGCCAGUGUCAGAUGGAACACUGGUCAGAGAAGUUCAUUUUUUUGUUAUUUUUUUUGUUAUUCACUUUACUUGUCUGUGAAUCACUGGGCUUCCGUCCCGCCAUCCUUGCUGACCGGCAUGAUGCUUUGUGCCUAUAGGUUUCCAGUCACUGCUGCAAUGUGUGAAGAGAGAGGAGGCCAGCCAAAAGUGCUGGAGGAGGUUUAGAUAACAUGCAAGCGGUUCAUUCUGUAUUUGCAUCUCUUAGUCUGCUUUCAGAUGGGACAGACUCUGGAUCAGCAGGGCAUCUGUCCGCAGACCCCUGCUGAUCAGAGUAGAGCAGAAAGAUGACAAGUCCGAGCCUGCUUUGCUCUGCGGACAGAGCCUGCUUUGCUCUGCGGACAGAGCCUGCUUUGCUCUGCGGACAGAGCCUGCUUUGCUCUGCGGACAGAGCCUGCUUCCAAUCCACCUAGACAGAGGAUGACGGAUCUCCUGUUUGUGUUUUAAUGGACCCGAUCAGAUCUGAGGUAGGCGUGUGAAAAAAGACACAAGUCUGUUUACAUUCGGCAGUUCGUAGGAAUGCAUGGACCAUCCAAUCAGGUCUGCCUGAAAAACUGUCAGGGGGACCCGAUUGGAACGGUUAUGUGAAAGGGUUGACUUCAGCAAGCUGCAUGGUUUUCACUUACUGACAGAAAACGCCAAAAAAAACGCAAGCAUUCAUAACGGGGAGAUAACUAAGCUUCCCGUGCCAGAAAACUGGUUCAGGAAACUGUCUGAAAUGGUGUUGAUGACAUUAUCUAAGGAGCUGAUGGGCUUGUUAUAGAUCCAUCGGCACCAUCCAGAGUAAAGUAGAAACUGGUUCGAGUUCUGCAACUAAUUACAAAGGGAAUGUGGGAGUUCUCAUUAUGGAAAACUGCCACAGAUGCCCACCAGGUUGGAUCUGGUGUAUAAGAUGUGAGUUGUCAGACAUCUGACAUUACUCUCUGCUUGUUACACUGCAUGAACAUCGCCUGCACACAUCCUCCUCCUCCUCCUCC